AUGAAUGGCUACGGGUCCCCUUACCUGUAUAUGGGGGCUCCGGUGUCUCAGCCCCGGGCCCCGCUGCAGAGGACACCCAAGUGUGCGAGGUGCAGGAACCACGGCGUGCUCUCCUGGCUCAAAGGUCACAAACGCUACUGUCGAUUUAAGGAUUGCACCUGCGAGAAAUGCAUCCUCAUCAUCGAGAGGCAGAGGGUCAUGGCGGCGCAGGUGGCCCUCCGGAGGCAGCAGGCCAACGAGAGUUUGGAGAGUCUCAUCCCGGAGUCUCUCAGAGUGCUGCCCGGUAUUGGUAUAGCAGGAGCCGGGGAGGGGAACCAAGGAGCUCCGCCGAGGACCGAGGAGCUGGAGCUGAGGUGGAGCAGCUCGGAGCAGCAGACUGGAGCACAAACAUGCGAGCUGUUUGUGCCAAAUUCUACAGAGGAAGGUGCUGAUGAUGCAUCAGGAGGAGAAAACGGAGGUAGCUCCAGUGAAAAGGAGCAGGACCCGUCCAGUUCCCCAGAGGGCUCCAAACCAAACUCCUGCUACACCCCUGAGCCUCCAGACACCCCUUCACACCAGGAGGAGAGCCGCUACACCCUACCAAAAUCCGGCAGCGCAGAAAAAGAGGCCAAAACCGAAAGUCCACAGAAGUAUCCCAUCAGUCCUGGAGAGCAGAGCGUCCUGAUUGAAGGCCUCGCCGGAUCCAUCAACCUGCCCUUCAGCCUCAGAGCCAACAGGCCCCCUUUGGAGGUCCUCAAAAAGAUCUUCCCCACUCACAAGCCCCCUGUGCUGGAGCUCAUCCUCAGGGGUUGCGGGGGGGAUCUGGUCGGUGCCAUCGAGGUGCUGCUGUCCAGUCGGAGUCCUGAUGGGAGUGCGCACCAGCAAGCAGACCCGCACCAGGACACCUUGGUGCUACCCUCAAAUGGACACCUGUUCGAGCACACUUUAGGCUCCUACCACCCGGUGUCCUCUUCAGCUAAGUGGUCGGUGGGCUCUGCUUUCCGGGUGCCAGAGUCCCUCCGGUUCACAUCCGACUCACCAUCGGGGGUGGUGUCAGGCCCAUUGGGUGUCCCCCUUCAGCACCCAUCCUUCCCUCAACCCACUCGGUACCCACUCAUGCUGCGCAACUCUCUAACCCGCACCCAAGCAAGCCCCUUCGUGCACAACGACGUGACUCUGUGGAAUACCAUGGCGCUCCAGCAACAGUACCAGCUCCGGUCUGCGGCCCAGUACGUGUCCCCUUUCUCCCCAGCAGCGGCGGCAGCAGCAGCAGCAGCGGCCCAAGCACCCGUCGGACCAGGUGGGACAGUAUUUCGGAGCUCAGCCCUCCUCUCCUCCAGGCCCUCCGACGAGCAGCGCAUCAGUAUCCAGGAGGAGAGCUGCACGCUGGGACCCAAAUCCGGCCUCUACUCUCCAGAUGAGGACUAUGAAGAGCGAUCCGACUCUGCAGACUCCCGCAUCCUAAACUCCUCCACUUAA